AGCUGGAGGUCAGCAGGGUCAGCCGAUCGGCCACAAGGGCAUGUGAUGAAGAUAGACAAAAAUUAAAGAUGCUCAACACCGACGUCGUCCUCCGUAUGGAGGAGCCCGUGAUCUUCCUUCCUCGGGUCUCUCCGCCAGCAUAAAGCAGGACCUGCGAAACUACGAGGGCCACCGACGCACCACGGAGAGGUGAAGAAAGCAGGAGCCAGCCGGCACUUCUUCCGCUUGCACAUCACAUCCUGAAACCGAUGGAGGGUCCCACGUCGAAAGCGUCCUCUUCGUCGGCGAAGCCGCAACCGAAGUCGCGGCAGCGGGGCAUCUUUUCCGAGGUCCUGCGCCAGCACAAUGAGGAGGACGUGGAGGGGUGCCGCAUGGGCCCGGGCUGGCGGGAGGGCCCCAUCCGGACGCACGGCAGCGCGGCCGCCAGCAGCUUUCGCAUGUCCGACGAGAGCCGCAGCCGCAGCAACGCGUAUUUGGAGCAGCUGCAGGCCGCCGGGCGAACCAAGAUAAAGGCGCUCAACGGCGAAGGCAGGCAGGAACGCAGCUCCGCGGAUAAGUUGAUAAGUACAGAAUAUCAAGGAUAAGGUUUGAUGUGUUUGGAUGGCAGAUUGAAUUUGUAAUGCGGCACAACAUGUACACCUACAUGUACACGUAGAUGUACGUGUAGUUUUGGUUAUGGUUAGGUUAUGGAUGCGUUUCAGGUUUAGCAUCGUGAAAAAUGAUGUCAUCUUUCAGGUACAGACACGGUAAUCGACGGGAAGGCAUUGGAUCUGGCGUAUCCGGAUUCCCAGAUAGUAGAAAUCGGCUCCAUCGAGCCGAUAUGCAAUGCAAAAGCAUCGUACUAGUAUAAAUUGCAAUGCAAAUUGGCUCAGCAUUACAAAUUGAAUUGAAUUUGUAAUGUGGAUCUACGUUAAGAAAAAAUUUGCAAUGCAUUAUAGCUCCAAUUAGUACGAGUACGAUGCUUUUGCAUUGCAUAGCCGAAGGUUAUCGAGGUGUACGCGCACGCCCCCGGCACCAAGCCCCGCAAGGUGACGGUCGAGCGACAAAAGCGGUACUUCGCGAGCCUGAACCCCGAGGAGCUGUUCCGCGACCGGGGCAUAAGUAUGGCCGACUUCGUGCAGGAAAGCAACCGCAGCUUGCGGAACCGGAAAGUGAAGCUCGACAGGAAAGUAUGGAAGGGGAAAGAUAAAAUGCUAAAUUCGACGUUCUGUGUCGUGUGCACAUUUUUUGCAUUUUCCAUUGCAUUUUUAUCCUGUUUGACCUUCAAUCGCCAGCGGCUUUUUCAGUAGCAACAGGUGGCACAGAACGUGUAUAUUAAUUCCGAGUAAAAAUUUUUUUCUCUGCAUACCCCAAGGGCAUUAAGGAGUCCCAGUUGGAUUCCAACGAUUUUGACCUGCUGGAUUUCGACGACUAUGCACUGCAAAAGUAUCGUACUCGUACAAAUGCAUGACAAUGACAAAUUUCCUCAGUAUGAGAAAACAACAACAAGUAGAAUUUGUAAUGCUGAUUUACCGUAAGAAAAAGAUAGUGCAUAAAUUGCAAUACGAGUGCGAUGCUUUUGCAGUGCAUAACGACACGGAGUACGACGUCCGCAAGCCGCGCGAGUGGAUGACGCUGAUUCCCAAGCCGCCGAAGGGCAGCAAGAAGCGCACCGGGCUGAAGGCCAAGGGUCUGCGCGUCGGCGGCGAGGCGGACGGGUCGUUUGAGGCGUGCGUGAUCUACCAGUACGAAGGGGACGACACGAAUUACUUCUACGGACUGUGGUACGACGACGAGACGCCGUGCUUCCUGUCCCGCUUAGAUUUUUUCUUCGACGGCGAGGACCCGGUGGCCUACGCCGACCGCGUCGCCAACGCCUUCCGCCAGCGACAGCUCGUGGCCUCGCACAUCAAGUUUCUUUUCUACGUGGACAACGUGCCGACGGACGGCAUCUCCACACUGAACGUGGACCAAGUCGCUAGACUGAAGAAGAACGCGCGGUCCAGCGCCGAGCUGUGCAGCAACGGCAUGGAUCACUUCGUGGAAAGUUUGGUCAACGAGGUAAAACUCGACUACGGUCGCGUGUUGAACCGGCUGUGUCUACUAGUCACCGGCGAGGCGAAGGGGUUGUCCCCCCUCGCCGAAAUGGAGGAGCAGGCCAUAACGGGCGCGCCCGACGUGGACUCGAGCUACGCGUCGGUGAACGCAUUUAGGAAGCCCGCGAAGUUCUACGCGCUUCACCCCGUGCCGGCAUACAAUUUCACGAACCUAUUUGCGCAGUUCUGCUUCUCCUCGCUCUACGUCAAGCCACAAGUGGUAACGACGUUGGUGCAGAUCCGCGAAGCCUGUCUCGCGCUGGAGAAAUCCUACGGCACGAAGAUUUUCCAGACCAAGUUCCCGCGCAACGCGCGGAUCGACCAGUUCCGAACGCUGCAGACGCAAAGCAUAAACGCGAUGCUGAGCAGGUGUAAGGAGUGGGUGCUGGACUUGAAAAAGGUGGUGGUCACCAAUUUUGAAGACGUGCAGAAGGGAUGGUAUUAUAGGAGUUUGCUCGCGACCUACUUGUUUCGCUUUCCGUUGUGUAAGUAUGCAGAUUUCAACAUCGGUUUCGUGCCUAAAAGAGGUCAAGUGCAUGUAUGAAGUCCCAAGCAAAAUGAUCGCAAUUUGUUUUUGUUCCCAAUUUCAGGUAUUCCAUUAAGGAAACCAACGCUGAGACGUACAAAUACGGCAAGAUCAAGAAGCUGCUCACCAUGAUUCGCUUCAUCAUGGAGACCAGCAUAUUCGAGGUGGUUCGCGCCAGCAUUCAGGCGUACGAGCAGAAGAUCGUGAACUACACGCCGACGAAGUGCACGAUCAAGAGUCUGAAGGAGGUGGAAGUCGCUUUCCGCACACCGACGCCGGAAAUGAUCCUGAACGGGCUUUUAUCCAGGAAAAAGACUGUGUAAGUGUAAGUUUCUUGGGGGAAUAGCAUCACAGGUUUGCUCUGCAUGACACAGAAAACCUGUCAUGCGCAGCUAGUACGUGAGAACACGCACGGAAAUUACCUCUGAUGCAUGUCCAGGAUGACGAGUGCAACGGUUUUGCAUUUUCUGCAACACAAAGUUACACUUACACAGUUUUUUCCUUGCAUAGCUUUCCAGGGACGACGUGGCGGGGAUUUUCCUGAUGGAGCUGAAGGUGAACGAUAUCAAAUGCAAAAGUGUCUCGGUCUGGAAGAAUGCAACUUGUGAUGCUGCCUUUGGAUUCCAAAAGAAUUUGUAUUGCAUGAGUAGCAAAGGGAAUGUAAUUCUAAUUUUUGCUACGCGGAUAGGGCAUUUGGAUUUGUCAUGCGAAAGAGGCAUCAAGAACCCCGCGAACAAUCUGUGAUGCUACGGCAUGCAUCACAGACAUCAUGGCGUAUGCAAAACGUGCAUGACAAGUCUCAGAAGCUUCCAGACCCAGACACUUUUGCAUUUGAUAAACGAAAACAAGGAGCAAAACACGUUCCAGGCGGCGUACAGCGCCAACGGGGCGGAUUUUUUGACCAUGGUCACGGAGGUCAUCGACUCCGCGCUCGUCACGAUGGCCGACAUCUCGCAGCCAGAACCCCUGGUGAUGUCGCAAUUCGUGCGAAAAACGGACCCGCCGAAAAACAUCGAGACCACGCACCCGUCGGACGAGAAGGUGGUCGCGGUCAAGAAAAGAUUAGAGAAAAUGAUGCAACCGUAUUGCAGCUUAGGAUUGCUUCCGAUCAUGUUGAUCUCGAUUUAGAAAAAAAAUGUGAAGGGGAAUGAAAUGUCGACUAGUACAGCCGCUCAGCACAUUAUGUAUGAUGUAGUACAACUCAUAUCCUUGUUAGUUUUUUCGAAAAAAAUCCCUGACCCUGCAAAAUAAAACCAGGUACGGUGCCGCCCGUUUGGAGGAUUACAGGAAGCUGAUCACUCCGUACCUCGAGCCGCUUCAGCAGGACGUGGCAGAAAUUGUGGCGAGCAAGCAGGACGAGGAAAACCCCGCGUCCGUGCAGGACAUCGCAAAACACAUACACGAGGAGCAGGAGAAGGAACACGCCAUUAUGGAAUCCCUGCCAGAAAGCAUCACGGCAGGCUUGUACGAAAUCUCGCUCUCGGAGGCCAGAAAUCUCUUCGCGAAAAAGCACAACAGCAUCGCGGGAGAGCUGCUGAAGUUGCUGGAUAAAAGGUAAUAACAGUUGUCUGCUGCGCUUUGCUUUUCUGUGUUUUCAUUUCAAAUCUGUUUUUGCAUUUAUACAAGUUGAAGUCGGUACGUGAACAUCAUCAAUCUUCAACAUCUCGUCGUGCUCGGCGCCAUCAAAAGUAGAGUUUGUUCACUCGUACGCACAAAUGAAAUCCGUGCAGGUAUCGUGAGAUGGCCGAGACGCUGAUGGCACAGUACACGAAGAUUAAGCUCUCGUUGAAGAAAGCGCCAAAGGACGUCGAAGAACUGGCCGAAAUCAAGGAGUACAUGGAAACCGUGCCUGGGGAAUUGCUAAAGCUCGAAGUGUAUCGAAUGCAACAGCAUCGUACAACUCGUACUAAUCGCAGUACAGCAUGACAGAUCUGGUUUCUAUAGCUAAUUCAGCAUUACAUAUUUUGAUUUUCCUGCUUGAAAAAUUUGCCAUGCGAUUUACAUUUUACACUACGUACGAUACUUUUGCAAUGCAUAAUGGGGAAGCAAAAAAAGUUUUCGACGUUUACGACAUCCUUGUCGAAGAUUUCAGGCUGAAGGUGCCACAAGACGCCACAGACCUGAAAUGGAGCUGUUUCAAGGGAACCAAGGAUAUCAUGGACACCAUUGCAGAGGUAAUUCAAUAGGAAAAUGAAUCGAAAUGCAUAUCUAUGCAAUUGGUUAUGGUCUUUCUGUCAGGAGGAGGAGGUUCAACAUCUGCUAGUAGUGCAGCGGUUGAAUGAAACUGGUGCUACUGAAGAGCCUCAUGUUUGCAUACACCUACCUUCAUGGUGCUCGCAAAGCAGGUCUGCCUGCAACUGCACAUUUGCAAAACUCUUCGCAUGUUGACAAACUUCUACUUUCAGGUGAAGCAAGAGCACGCGGACACGAUGAAGAGCUUCUUCCGCGAGAUUCAGGAUGAGCAAUUCCACUUCGACAACACGCUGCACGAGUUGGAAGAGGACAUUGCAAAUUUCGUCAACUUCACCGACCUGUCGGACUCCCAGUCCAUCAACGACUCUGCCGAGAGCAUCUCCGAGCGUUUGAAAUCCAACCAGGAGACCUCGAAGCUGUUCAACCUGAAGGAGUCACUCUUCGGCGUGGAAUAUGCAUUGCAAAUAUGUCUGGGUCUGGAAGAAUGCAGGAGUUUGUCAUGCAGAUUUUGCAUGACCAUUGACCCACGAGGACAGACCCCAGAGGUCUGUGAUGCAUGCCCUAGCACCAGAGAUUCUGCGAGGGCUUUGUUCUGAUGCUCAUACCGCAUAAGAGAUGCCCUCUCCGCGUAGCAAAAACUGCACCUCUGUUGCUGUUGAUGCAAUACAGAUGUUAUGUAGGAUCCAAAGGCGGCAUCACAAGUUGCAUCUUUCCAGACCCAGACAUAUCUGCACUGGAUAUGGAGCCGCACGACUACGGCAACCUGACGGUGAUGCAGCGCGACUGGGAACCCUUUUCGAUCCUGUGGAAGCAGGCGUCGGACUGGCAGAACAAGAAAAAAGCGUACUUUUCCGGCAAGUUCGACGCGAUCGAGGCCAAGGACUGCGAGGACCGGACCAACACCGGCAUCAAAUUGCUGUUCAAAGCCACCAAGGCGUUCACGGCUCGCGGAGAGGAUUACAAGGGGGUCUUGGCGAUCACGGAACAGAUCAAGGAGGAGCUGGCCGAUUUCCAACAGUACGUGCCUUUAAUUGUCGCGAUGCGCAACGAGGGUAUGAAGGAGCGACACUGGACCCAGAUCAGCGAGCUGGUGGGGGUGACCAUAGAUCCGGAAAUGGAGAAUUUCUCCUUGCAGAACUUCAUCGAUCUAGGUUUGAUGAACACCGUGACCGAGAUCAGCGACAUCGGCGACCGGUCCGGAAAGGAGUUCCAGAUCGAAAAGCAGUUGGCGAAGAUGAAGGCGGACUGGGAGCCCAUCGAGUUCGAUUGCAAGGAGUUCUACCGGACCACGGAAACCUACAUCCUCAAGGGCUCGGAGGAGGUCAACGCCAUUCUCGACGAGCAGAAUGUGCUCACGCAGGCGAUUCAAUUUUCCCCGUUCAACAAACCGUUUAUCGAGGAGAUCGAGGAGUGGGCGGUGAAGCUGCUGUACGUGUCCGAGUGCAUUGACAUGUGGCUGAAGGUACAACGUGCCUGGAUGUAUCUGCAGCCAAUUUUCGAUUCGCCGGAUAUCAUGAAGCAAUUACCCACCGAGGGGAAAAAGUUCAAGGCGGUGGACCACCUGUGGCGGCACUGGAUGGGCCGGGUGCACAAGAACCCGGGCGCGUUGAACAUUCUAUCGACCGAGGGGCUGUUGGAGAAGUGGAGGAACGCGAACAACGACCUAGAAUUCGUCCAGAAGGGGCUGGACGACUACCUGCAGACGAAGCGCGACGCGUUCGCGCGAUUUUACUUCCUCUCCAACGACGAAUUGCUGGAAAUUCUCUCGCAGACAAAAGACCCGACCCGGGUGCAGCCGUUCCUUAUCCUGAUUAAAAACGUCCCCACACCAGAGUCAAGAUGGGAAACCUGCUAGACAAACCAACCAGCUUUGGUUGUUUGGCAUGACAAGUUUCGAUCCUUGUAGUGUAGUCCUGUUUUAGGUAGGUCAGCAGCAUCACAGAUCUAUCAUAGAACGCUGAUUCUCGCAUCACAAAUUUCAAAACACGAAGAGAGAAUGCUUCUCAUAGGGCUCCGCAUGAUAAACUGUUUUGGCAUGCAGCUCUGGGGUGGGAAUGUUUUUACACGGGAUAUUCCUGUGCAAGGUGUUCGAGAACAUCAAGCGGGUGACAUUCGGGGAGGAGAUGCAGGUGUUGGAGAUCUUCUCUUCCGAGGGCGAGAAGAUCGUGUGUGCGCAGGAGGUGAAAACGAAGGACCGAAACGUGGAGGAGUGGAUGGGGAAUUUAGAAAAGGAAAUGUGCAACUCAGUUCGCGCGGUGAUGCAAACCAGUAUCGAGACGUAUGUGGACACGGAAAGGACCAAGUGGGUGCUCGAGCACCCCGGGCAGUGCGUGUUGAACGGUUCGCAGGUGCACUGGACCGACGAGUAUCAAAUGUAAAAAUGUCUGGGUCUGGAAGAAUGCAUGUUUGUCAUGCUUGUCUGGCAUGACUCUCAAAUCUGUCAUGCACGUUACCCAACAGCUUCAUCAUUUUUCUGUGAUGCAAAAACGCAGUUUGUCAUGCAGAAUAGGCAACACCUAGAAGCUCAGAAACUUGUCAUGCUGAGCCAGCACUUGUGGCCUCAUCAUGAGACGCCAUCCAGCAUCACAAGUUUCCAGACCCAGACAUUUUUGCAGUUGAUAACGAGGUGGAAGAGGCGAUUGAGGGCGACAUGGUCACGGGCUACUGGGAGAAUAUCCUGGGCAAGAAAAGUAUCGUACUCGUACUAACUGCCUUUAUGCAUUACAGGUCAUUUUCUAAAGGCAAAUCCGCAUUACAAAUUCAAUUUGUAAUGCUGAGCCAAUUUGUAUUGCAAUUUCUACUAGUGCGAUACUUUUGCAAUGCAUAGAGAAGCUGGGCGAGCAGCUGAUGGGCCUGGUGAUGCUGGUCCGAGGGAAGAUCACGAAGUUGCAGCGCACCUGUAUCUAUGCUGUGCAAAAGUAUCGUACUCGUAUAAAUGCAGGUCUUGCAUUACAAAUUUCUUUGUCAAGGCAAAUCAGCAUUACAAAUUUCAUUUCUCAUGCUGAGAAAAUUUGUAAUGCAUUUAUACGAGUACGAUACUUUUGCAGUUCAUAGUAUCGGAGCUCUCGUCGUCAUCGACGUGCACGCGAAGGAUGUCGUACAGCGAUUGACCGAGGAAAAGGUCGACAGCAAGGACGCGUUCGAGUGGAUUUCGCAAUUACGCUACUACUGGGAGGAGGACGACACGGGGAUCGAAAACGUCUGGGUCCGGAUGGUGCAGACAAAUUUCCCGUACGGGUACGAGUAUUUGGGGAACACGUUUCGGUUGGUGAUCACCGCGUUGACGGAUAUGUGCUACAUGACGCUGAUGGGCGCGCAGUCCCUGAACCUGGGUGGCGCCCCCGCCGGGCCGGCCGGGACGGGGAAGACGGAGUCGACGAAGGAUUUGGCGAAAGCGUUGGCGAAGCAGUGCGUCGUGUUCAACUGCAGUCCGGAGAUGGACUACAUCAUGGUCGGGAAGUUCUUCAAGGGGCUGGCCGUGUGCGGGGCCUGGUGCUGCUUCGAUGAGUUCAACCGGAUCUACAUUGAGGUGCUGUCCGUGAUCGCGCAGCAGCUGCUGAUUCUGUUCGGCGGGAAGUCGCAGCUGAACAGUUACAGCGAAGUGCUGGAACUGGAUUUCGAGGGCUCAUUUAUCGCGAUGCGACCGACGUUCAACGUGUUUAUCACGAUGAACCCAGGGUAAGAUGAACAACUGUUUACUGUGUUGCUGUUUGCCUAAUAUGAUUUCAUCACAAAUGCAAAUCGGUCUGUCUCUUGCAAAAUAAGGCCUAAAAUUUAGAACAAAACGGUUUCUAACAAGAAUAGAUGCUUGUAGAUUUUUCGCACCUAAAAUCACUUCACAGUUACGCCGGUCGCACGGAACUUCCGGACAACCUUUCCGCUCUUUUCCGCCCCUGCGCGAUGAUGGUGCCGGAUUACGCGUUGAUUGGCGAGAUCAUGUUUUACGCCUUCGGUUUCACCGGUGGUCGCGCCAUGGCGAAGAAGAUGGUGUCCACCUUUAAGCUCGCGUCCGAACAGCUCUCCUCCCAGGACCACUACGAUUACGGCAUGCGUGCCGUGAAGACGGUGAUCGAGGCGGCCGGGCGGUCGAAGCGAAUCUUCCCGGACAUGGAGGAGUUCCAAAUCCUUCUCCGGGCCCUACGGGAUGUCAACGUGCCGAAAUUUUUGAGGGACGAUUUACCCCUGUUCGAGAACAUCAUUCUGGAUCUGUUCCCGGGCACCGACCGACCUGAAGUGGACUACGGGCAGCUCGCUGAGAAGUUGAACGAGUGCGCGGUCGAGUCGAAGCUCCAGCCCACACCGUAUUUCUGCCAGAAGAUGUUCGAACUCUUCGACAUGAUCCAAGUGCGGCACGGUAUGAUGUUGGUGGGCCCGACCGGUGGGGGUAAGACCUGCAACUACCGGGUGUUGCAGAAGGCCUGCACGGUGCUCUGCCCCCCCGAGAGGAACGACGAGUCGCCUUACCAGAAGACGCAAACGCACAUCCUCAAUCCAAAAUCCAUCACGCAGGCGCAAAUUUACGGGGCGUUCGACGAGCUCACGCAUGAGUGGACCGACGGGAUCGGGAGUGAGCAGAUCCGUGUGGCUAUUGAAUGCAAAAAUCCCCCCACCCCAUAUCGAAAAGGUGUGUUUCCGAAAAUUUGCGUUGCUGAUUUGAGAUCACAAAUCACGUCUGUCUUGCAAGAAGACAAGCGCAAAGGCUUCCGCACCAUUAUGGAAUCGAUUUGGCGUGCUGUUGCGCCUAGGGGACACCCGUUUGCAAUGCUAAGCAACUAGACCUAUACGCCCCGACCUAGGCCGAGGAUCUGGCUGCGAUGCCUUACUGCAAGACAAAUCCGAUUUGUGUAUCCAAAUCCUGCAUCACAGAUUUCCACUUCGAUAUGGGGAGGGGGGAUUUUUCCUUUUGAUAGUGGCGGUUCGGGACGCAGAGAGUCCGGAUCACCACUGGAUCAUCUUCGACGGAUAUCACACAGAAAAAAACUGGCAGGUCAUAUUUGUAAUGCAAAAAUAAAUAGACAAAAAAAAUGUAUUGGAUAUCCUAAAUAGCAUGCUAUGAGGCCGCCCAUGACAGAUUUUCCUGUGUAUUUAUCUUUGCAUUACAAAUAUGCCCUGCCAGCUUUUUUCUGUGGGAUAACGGACCAGUGGAUGCACUGUGGAUCGAGUCGAUGAACACGGUACUAGGAAGGAUUAUAUUUUUUGAAUACACAAAGCACAACUUCCUUUGGUUUGCGUAUCUAUGUGUUUGCAUGUUGAGAUGAUGAGACUCACAACAUCAUUGCGCUCCUCGCGGGAAUGCAAAUCAUGAGUGUCUCGUCGUGCAUCAAAUCAAAGAGCAUCAAAGAUCAAUUCAGUACGAAUCAGUACCCAUAAUUCACAAAUAAUUUCAGGUCCUGGACGACAACAAGAAGCUGUGCCUGGUCUCUGGUGAGAUCAUCGGUCUGACCCCGCAGAUGCGCAUGAUGUUCGAAGUUGAGGAUUUAGAGGUCGCCAGUCCGGCCACCGUUUCCCGGUGCGGUAUGAUCUACAUGGAGCCCGAGUCGCUUACCCUGGACCCUUUGAUCCAGUCCUACGUGGAGUCGAUUCCUGAAACCUUUCUCAAGUUCAAGCCGGUUUACCAGGAGCGUCUCAAGACCUACAUGACGGACAUUUUCGACACGACCAUUUUCUACAUCAAGAAAUCCCUCGGGGAGGUCUGCUCCACGACUGCGCAAAACCUCGCCUGCAGCUGCAUGCGGUUGCUCAACACCUUUUACGCGGCCUACUGGCCCACCGAGCUGAAAUUGAUCGACGCUUUUAAGAAGGAAGUGGAGGACCUGGAGCCGAUCUUCGGGGACUUGUUUCUCUUCUGCCUUGUUUGGUCGGUCGGCGGGAGUCUCGCCGGCGCGAACAACCGGGAGCAGCUGAACGACUACUUGUGGACCACCAUCGGCAAGUAUGACAGUGCACAACUCCCCCUCCCCCUCAUUUGUCAUGCAAAAUACCAAAGCCAGUCGCUCUCGCUGCCUUGUGGCACUUUUUGCAUGACAAAUUUCGGAAGCCCAAACAGCACUACAAUCAGUCGUAAAUUUGUCGUGCAAAAGCUCCAUCUGUGCCAGGACUUGUGUUGCCGCGGAUGCCAUCCAAAUGAGGGGGAGGGGGAGUUGUGCACUUUCAUAGCAAGGACGAGAAGUGGGCCGCGAAGCACGCCGCGCACAACGACCCGACCUGGGAGUACUAUGAAGUGCAAAACUGUCCGGGUCUGCGUGUGGAAAGUUGGAACUUGUGAUGCUAACUUUGGAUUCCAAAAAAAUCUGUAUUGCAUGACCAACAAGAGGAGUCCAGUUUGUGCUACGCGGGGAGGGCAUUUGUCAUGCGGAACAGGCAUCAGGAAGCCUGCUAAAAAUCUGUGACGCUAGGCCAUGCAUUACAGGCAUUAUGGGUCAUGCAAAACAUGCAUGGCAAACCUGGCGCUUUCCAGACCCAGACAUAUUUGCAAUGCAUAAAUACCCAACGAGGCAUAUGGACUUCAAACUCGACGGGAUUCCGGAAGAGGGCGCCAACCUCUACGAUUACAUGUUCGACAUCACGACGGGGAAGUGGGUCCCGUGGAUGGACACCAUCCCGGCGUUUGAGGUCCCGCGAACCGCGAAGUACGAAAACAUUGUCGUCCCCUCGUUGGAUUCCAUCCGGAUGACGUACGCGUUUAAAAUCCUUUAUGGGGCUCUCAAACGUUACAUUCUCAACUGUUACAUGAUUUGUCAUGCAAAAACGCUAUCACUUUUCACAAUUUCAAACCUUCUCCGCAUGACAAGUUCUCGACACGCUAGAUAGCAUUGUAAUCUGCUCCAAACCUGUAAUGCAAAAGGAGCAAGCUUUUCCCUUUCACUUUUGCCAUUCUUGCAUUACAAAUUUCAUGUAACAGUUGAGAAUGUAACAGUUGAGAGCUCCAUAUCCUUUUGGAAAACGACAGCCACGUGCUGUGCUGCGGACCCACGGGGACGGGGAAGACGGUGAAUCUGUCUUUAUACCUCCAGAAGUACGCCCCGGGUAACUUCCUGACCACCAAUCUCGCGUUCUCCGCGCAGACGCAGGUCAACCAAGUGCAGGACUUCAUCGACAGCAAGUUGGAGAAACGGCGAAGGGGGGUCUACGGCCCGCCGGCGGGCAAGAAGAUGGUGUUGUUCACGGACGAUCUGAACAUGCCACAGAAGGAAUUCUACGGAGCGCAGCCGCCGAUCGAGCUGCUCCGGCAGUGGUUUGACCACGAAGGAUGGUAGUGAGUAGUUCAUCCCUUCAUGCAUUGCAAGUAAAAGUAUGUCUGAAUCCGAAUUUGUGAUGCGAAGUUUAUUUGAAGAACAGCGAGAUCUGUGAAGAUGCUUGAAUGCGAUGUGCCGGCUGUUUUGUUGUGCGAGAAGCGAAUUUGUGAUGCAAAAGUCGGUAGAACUCGAAUACAACCAGGUACAACCGAAAAGAGCUUGCCUACUUCCAAAUCAUUGACAUGUUGGUUGCGGGCAGCAUGGGAACCCCAGGAGGCGGCCGAACGUUCAUCACGGAGCGUCUGAAGCGCCACUUCAACGUUUUGGGGUACAGCGAUUUCACGGGGGCGGCGAUUACGACGAUGUUUACGACGAUCGCAAACAAAUUCUUCGACCCGUUUCCGGAAGACGUCAAGGCACUUGUACCGAAACUGGUCGAGGCGCAGAAAGAAGUGUUUAACAAGGUAAAAAGAAAAUGCGAAACUGAUUUUCAAGUAGACCGUCUGUAGCUGUCUUCUUGCAUGACAAAGCAUUUUUCCAAUUCCUCGUCUUCUAUGCGAAUCCGCAUAGCAACUUUCGAUUUCAACCAUUCUCAUUGUUCAUCAGGUUCUGCUCGAUCUUCUGCCCACCCCGGCCCGCGCCCACUACCUCUUCAACCUCCGCGACAUCUGGAAAGUGUUUAUGGGCGUGUGCGCCCUCCUGCCGAAAAAAGUCGAGGGCCCGAUCGUGCUUCUUCGCUGUUGGUGCCACGAGGUGUCCCGGGUGUUCGGCGAUCGCUUGAUCGACGCUGGGGACAGGACGUGGCUGCAGAACUUAUUAGAGGAGAAGAUCAAGACCAACUUCGCCCCAUUCGACGUCGCCGAGGUGUUCCACAACGAGAGGCUAAUCUUCGCGGAAUUCAUGGAACCCUUGGACAGCAGAAGUUACGAAGAGAUUCAGGACUUGACGAAGAUGGUGGAAGUUCUUGAGGAUUACUUGGACGAUUACAACAACCAGUUCCCCACACCCAUGCCGUUGGUGAUUUUCCUCGAUUUCGCCGAGCACGUCGCGCGGAUCAACCGCACGUUAAACCAACCGCAGGGGAACAUGCUGCUGCUCGGGGUCGGCGGGUCCGGAAGGCAGUCGUCUGCGAGAUUAGCGGCUUUCGCAAACGACAACGGAUGCUACCAGAUUGAAGUCGCAAAGGGGUACGGGAUGGUGGAGUUCCGGGACGAUAUCAAGACGGUUUUGAAGCGGUCUGGCGUGGAGGGGAAAACGCAAGUGUUUCUCUUCACGGACACGCAGAUCGUGAACGAGCAGUUUGUCGAGGUGAUUAACUCGGUGUUGAACUCGGGGGAUGUACUAUCCUGAGUAAAAACGUACCCACACCAGAGUCAGGAUGGGGAUUUUGCAACACAAACCUAGGAGUUUUGUGAGUCACGCAUGACAAGUUGGACUAUGCAGUGUAGUGCAGGUUAGCAAGUACAGCCGCGUCACAGAUUCAUCUGCUCAUCCUGUUCAUAGCAUCACAAAUUCCAAAACACGAUUGGAAAUGGCUCUCAUGGGGAUGCGCAUUACAAGUCUUCCUGUCUUUGCAAAUCUGCAUUACAACUCUGGCGUGGGUACGUUUUUACUCAGGAUAUGUGCCAAAUCUGUACAACCAGGAGGACAUGGACCAGAUUGGCGUCGUAUCAAGUGUAAAAGUUUCUGGGUCUGGAAGGAUGUAACUUGUGAUGCGCAUUUCAGAACACACAAAAAUCUCUGAUGCACAGGCAGCAAAAGCUGCUCACUUUCUGUCACCAGAGUGGGGGAUGUGUCAUGCGGAUUCGGCAUUGCGGAAGCUUCUCGAAACCUGUGAUGCUAGAGCUUCCAUGCCAGACCUUCUGCGUCAUGCAGAAACAGCAUGACUCUUCCAGACCCAGACAUUUUUACAUUUGAUACGUCGCCUGCCGCCCCGCAUGCCAGCAGUUGGGCCUGCAGCCGACCAAGACAAAUAUCUUCGCGGCGUAUUUAUCCCGGGUGAAGGCAAACGUGCACGUGGUACUGUAUCAAAUGCAAAAAUGUCUGGGUCUGAAAGAAUGCAACUUGUCAUGCUAAAUCUGAAUCAUGCAAAAUAAAAAUCUGUGUUGCAUGAUUACCACAAGUCGGCCAGUUUUCGACCAAGUCGGGAGGGACUUUCUCAUGCAGGAUAGGCACGAUAGAGAUCGCACAGAAUCUGUCAUGCUAGGUCCUGCAUUCGUCCACACCUCGUGGGUCAUGGAAAAGCUGCAUGACAAACUUGCAUUCUUCCAGGCCCAGACACUUUUGCAUUUGAUAUACUGGCGUUUUCGCCGAUUGGCGACGCGUUCCGGAACCGACUGAGAAUGUUCCCGUCGCUGGUGAAUUGCUGCACCAUCGAUUGGUUCAGGGAGUGGCCCGCAGAGGCGCUGUACGCGGUGGCCAAGCAGCAGAUGACCUUGACGGAUUUGAAAUUACCAAAUUUGGAGGGAACUGUGAAUAUGUUCAAGGUACAUAUUCAUAAAAACGUUUUUAAUAAGUAGGCCAUCGUCCUCCAUGUCGUUGUUGACACCCACAACAAGUACCUUUUUUUUACAUUGCAAUGACCUCUCUAGAUUCCGCAUGUUGAUCUUCCUCUAAGUCUAUUAACAGCACAAGAAUAAACUAUGGAACAGAUUAUCCAUCAAUCCGUCGAAAAAGUCCAAGCGGACUUCCUGGACCGGGAAAAGCGCUUCGUCUACGUCACGCCGACCAGUUACCUGGAACUGCUUUCCAGUUUCAAAAAAAUCCUUAUGGAUUGCAAAAAUGUCUGGGUCUGGAAGAAUGCAACUUGUGAUGCUAUUUUUGGAAUCUAAGAAAAUCUGUAUUGCAUGAGCAGGAAGAGGCGUCCAGUUUUUGCUCCGCGGAGAGGGCAUUUGUCAUGCGGGAUAGGCAUCAAGAUACCCGCAAAAAAUCUGUCAUGCUAGGUCAUACAUUACAGGCAUCAUAGCCCAUGCGAAAUAUGCAUGACAAACCUGGAAAUCUUCCAGACCCAGACAUUUUUACAGUUGAUAAUCCUCGAGAUGAAGCGGAACGAGGUCGGGGGGUACAAGCACCGGUACCUAUGACAGUGCACAACUCCCCGUCCCCCUCCCCCUCAUUUGUCAUGCAAAAUCCUAAAUCCAGUCGCUGCCUUGUAGCACUGUUUGCAUGACAAAUUCCGGAAGCCCAAACAGUACUACACUAGGUACACAAAUUUGUCAUGCAUAGCAUCCACGUGUGCUGGUGUUUGUGUUCCCGUUCUUGCUAUACAAAUGAGGGGGACGGGGAGUUGUGCACUCUCAUAGUACCAGGUCGGGUUGGAUAAGAUUUCCUCCGCCGAACUGCAAGUGAACGGGUUGCAGGAAGAUCUGAAGGCCAUGCAGCCGGUCUUGGAAAAAACCAGUAAGGAGGUCGAAGAGAUGAUGGUGGUCAUUGCAAGGUACAGAAUUUUUUAUUUUGAUUUCGUCGCGUGCUCCUUUUCAUUUUGCAUUUUCUCGUGUAUCAGUUUCUGUUUACUAUGCACCAAGGCGGUUUCGUUUCCGUGACGGUUCUAGUAAAACUAAAAGCAAAGUGAAAAAGUGCUGACGCAUGCUGUAUCACAUAAAAAAUCCAGGGACAAAGAGGCCGCUACGGUGGUGCAGGAAACCUGUGCAGUUGAGGAGAAAGCUGCGUUGGAGAUCUCCGAGCAGUGUACCGCGAUCAAAGAGGACGCGCAACGCGAUUUGGACGAGGCACUGCCAGCUUUGGAACAGGCAGUCCAAUGUCUGAAGAGGUUGAAGAUGGACCACUUGCGUGAGGUAUAAUGAAAAGGCGGAGUUCAUCUGUUCUUGGCACCUGCUCCUGCUCAUGAUCACCGCUGCAUCCUCUUCACAAUCACAGCGUUUCAUGCAGAAACCAACGACCAGAGGACUCGUAGGUCUUUGUUCUGCACCUCCUCCGCCAAGCAUGUAGUUUUGUCACUGACAAAAACAAAAAGAUCUGAAUAAAUUUUAUCAAAUCUUCUAUCAGGUGAAAGCCCUCGCGAACCCGCCGUCCGGUGUGAAAUUGACUAUGGAGUCGAUUUGCAUCAUGUUUCAAGUUAUCAAAUACAAAUAUGUCUGGGUCUGGAAACUUGUGACGCAGGUCUGCCAGUGAUGGGCGCACUGCAAUACACAGCCAAGCACUUCAAGUUUUGGAGCUGGUGCUAUGUGUUGCGCGUUCCGCAUGGCAAACUGCGCUGCUGCACGAAAUCCAAACGUUAUAUAGAGUUAUGCGAGACCACAAGCAAAAGCAUGACCACAAACUAGCAGUCUUCGAGACCCAGACACUUUUGCAAUGCAUACAAAUUCCCCCGGUCAAGAAGAACGACCCGGAGCGACCGGGGAAAAAAAUUGACGACUAUUGGGAGGCGUCGAAGUUGAACGUUCUGAACGACCCAAAAAAGCUGCUGGACAACCUGUUCGGGUUUGACAGGGACAACAUCCCGGAAAGUGUGAUCUCGAAGAUCAACCCCUACAUGGAGCGGGAGGACUUCGACCCGGCGGCCAUCAAGCGCGCCUCCGUGGCGUGCGAGGCGAUGUGCAUGUGGACGCGAGCCAUGUAUAAGUACCACCAUGUGGCGAAGGCGGUGGUAUCCGAGUCGUGCACAACUCCAUCUCCCCGUCAUUUGUAAUGCCAAAUACCAAGACUACAUCGAUCUUGCGCUUGCCGCGAAGCACAGUUUGCAUCACAAAUUUCGGUAUACGCGCGAUGUUUUCGCGGUUCUGACCCUAUGCCGUUCCAGCGCCUGCGGAGGCUUGCUUCCCCAGCGAUAAUGGACAAUGGCGAUGUCGGUGCGGUUGUUUUAGCAUCACAAAUUUCGGCACAACUACAAUCCGUAUGCACCAGAAGAUUUGUCAUGCGGAAGCCACAUUUCUGGCGUUGCUUGUGUUGCGGCUCAUGCCACAUUCAAACGAGGAGGACCACGAGGGGGAGUUGGGCACUGUCAUAGGUGGAGCCGAAGCGGCAGAAGCUCCGCGGGGCGGAGGAGGAGCUAGCGGUGGGCCAGGCGAAGCUGGCCAAGGCACAGGCGGAACUGGCGGAGGUGAAUCAAAAGAUCGCGAAGCUCGAAUCUGAGUUCAGCGGCGCGGUGGCGAAAAAGGACCAGUUAGAAAGAGAUUCUGAUACUUGCGCGAAGAAACUGGUUCGCGCGAACAAGUUGAUCGGCGGUUUGGGGGGCGAGAAAGCGAGAUGGGGUGAGAACGUAGAGCAGCUCACCGCCUCCUACGAGCUCCUCCCCGGCGACAGCAUGGUGGCCGCCGGGGCUAUCAGUUACUCUGGCCCCUUCACGGCGCGGUACCGCGCGGAACUUGAGAACACGUGGAGGAGCUGUUUAUCAAAUGCAAAUAUGUCAUCUGGGUCUGGAAGAAUCAUGCUGUUUUUGCAUGACACAGAAUGUCUGUCAUGGAAGCCCUAGCAUCACAGAUUUCGUGAAGCUUCCGCAUUGCUUAAUCCGCAUGACACGACCUAUUUUUGGGUGUCUAUUGUCUAUUGCUUAAUCCGCAUGACAAAUCCCCCACUUUGGUGACAGGAAGUGGACGUCUUUUGCUGCCUAUGCAUGAGAGAUUUGUCUGUGUUGAUGUGAAAUGCGCAUCACAAAUUCGCACUCUUCAACACCCAGACACUUUUGCAUUUGGUACUGUUUGGAAGAGAACGAAAUGAAGUUCUCGCCGGGCACUUCCAUGGCGCAGGUGUUGGGCGAGCCCGUGAAAAUCCAGGGGUGGAUCGUGUGCCAACUAUGCAUCACAAAAGUACUAUCGUGCUUAGUGGGGAUUGCAUUACAAAUUUUAUUGCCAAGAACAAAAAUGGAAUUUGUCAUGCUAGAUCAGCAGGUUUAAAAAGAUCUGUAAUGCACAAAGCUACGAUACUAACUUUUGCACAGGAUACCAACUACCGAACGAUGACUUGUCCAUCGAAAACGCGAUCAUCAUCGACAAGUCCCGCCGAUUAUCAAUUGCAAAAAUGUCUGGGUCUGGAAGAAUGCAUGUUUGUCAUGCUUGUCUGGCAUGACUCUUGAAUCUGUCAUGCACGUUAGUUACGGAAGAGCUCCAUUUUUCUGCCAUGCAGAGGCGCAGUCUGUCAUGCAGAAUAGGCAUCACCUAGAAGCUCAGAAACUUGUCAUGCUGAGCCAGCACCUGUGGCCUCAUCAUGAUACGCCACCCAGCAUCACAAGUUUCCAGACCCAGACACUUUUGCAUUUGAUACCGAUGGCCGCUGAUGAUCGACCCGCAACGACAGGCGAACAAGUACAUCAAGAACAUGGGGAAGCAGAUCGAAACCGGAAUUGACAUCGUGAAACUGUCAGAUUCUUCGUUUUUACGCACCUUGGAGCUCGGGAUUCAGUUCGGGAAGUGGAUUCUGCUAGAAAACAUCGGGAUCACGCUGGACCCGGCGUUGGAACCGGUUUUACUGCAGAACAAGGUGAAGGAAGGAUCCAGCUACAUCAUCCGGCUCGGUGACAAGUCCGUGAAUUACGGGGAUACCUUCCGCUUCUUCAUGACGACAACACUCCCAAAUCCCCACUACUCCCCGGAGACCUCAGUGAAGGUCACACUACUGAACUUCGCGAUCACGCCCGUGGGGCUCGAGGAUCAGAUGUUGGGUAUUCUGGUCGGGAAGGAGCGCGCGGACCUCCAGGAGGCUAAGGAGAUGUUGGUGACGCAGAACGCGAAAAUGAACAAGCAACUGAAGGAGAUCGAGGACGAAAUUCUGCAUUUGUUAGCUACGUCCGAGUAUCAAAUGUAAGAGUGUCUGGGUCUGGAAGAGUGCGCGAUUUGUCAUGGAGCUUUUCCAUGACCCAUGAGGUCUGGAAUGCAGGACCUAGCAUGACAGAUUCUGUGCGAUCUCUCUCAUGCCUAUCUUGCAUGAGAAACUCCCUCCCGAAAGAGGAAAAAGAGGAAAGAAAAAAAAAAAAGAAGAAAAAAGAAAAUGGUCCCUUUGGUCGUCUCAGCUAGCCCGCAAGGGCCCCGUUCCCGCCAGCCGAAAGGCACGGCGCUGCUCAUCAUCUCGUCCUCGCCAGCCGGUAGGCACGGCGCUGCUAUCCCGUCGUCGUCGGCGCGAGUCUUUUACUUGAGAGUGGGAACAGGGUUGCUAGAUUAAAGACUGCGCUAAGGCAGCGCCCCCCUUCCCCAAGGGGCCCCCCCGGGGCGGGCGCGGUGGCGGCUCCGCUAACGCGGAGCUCCAAAGUCCGACUCUACCUAUGCGCAAAAAAAGGGUGCGCGGAAAUAGGUCGGUAAGGUGCUUGAAAGGGGCAUGCUUUGGGGUUGUCCGUCAUCGUGAUAGGGUCAACGUGUGUGACCAAUAGACCCCCAGUAUAUUCUAGCGCGCAACCGACCACAGAAGCAGUAGCGUUCAACGUUUGUAAGAAUAACCCAACAAGGCAACGCUGGAGCUCCACCUUGCUCGCGGGCUUGGCUGGUAAAGCAGGCCAGCCACAUCUAGCGCCCACUGGCCGUAUGCACGCGUAAGAAAUCGGAAACGGUUCGGCGGAUGCGGUCGGGUGGUACCUGUAGGACGUGGAACGGGUGCCCACCUAGGGGUAUUGGCAGAGGCUAAAUCUGUUCUAACGCCACGGUAUUGGCAGAGGCUAAAUCUGUUCUAACGCCGCCCUGACAGGAGUCAAAGUUCAAAACGAUACGACGCGACGUGGUCAAGACUGGACGACUUUUGGUAGUCAUGCAACACAGAUUUUUUCAUGAAUCAGAUUUAGCAUGAAAAGUUGCAUUCUUUCAGACCCAGACAUUUUUGCAUUUGAUACCGAGGGCGACGUUUUGGAAGACGACAAGCUGAUCAACGUCAUCUACGCGUCGAAGGCCACCGCGACGGAGAUUAACCAGAAGAAGAAGGAGGCCGCGGUGACGGAAAAGGAAAUCGACGAAGCGAGGGAAUCCUACCGAACCGUCGCGUACCGGGCUUCUGUUCUGUUCUUUGGAAUUGUCGAAUUGUCCAACGUGGAUCCCAUGUACCAAUUUUCCCUAUGAAAGUGCACUACUCCACCUCCCCCUCGUUUGUCAUGCAAAAUUCCAAAUCCACCCUUUGCCUGUUAGUACUGUUUGCAUGACAGAUUUCGGAAUCCGAAACAGCACGACAAUCUCCUAAGGAUUUGUCAUGCAAAAGCUGCAUCCUUGCCAGCGCUUGUGUUGCUGUUCAUGCAACACAAAUGAGGGGGAGGGGGAGUUGUGCACUGUCAUAUUCCCUCCAGUGGUUCCAGAACCUGUUCGCGAUCGGGAUUUAUGCAUUGCAAAAGUAUCGUACUAGUAUCUAUAAAUCGCAAUACAAAAUACAAAUUGGCUCAGCAUUACAAAUUGAAUUUGUAAUGCUGAUUUAUCUUAUCAAGUAGAUCAUUUGUGAUGCAUGAAUGCGAUUACUACGAGUACGAUACUUUUGCACAGGAUAGGAUUGACCAGAGUACGAAGUCGGACGUGUUGGACGAGAGGUUAGACAUACUGAAGGACUACUUCACGGAGUCACUCUACCAGAACGUGUGCCGGGGGUUGUUUGAAAAGGACAAACUCAUGUUCUCCUUCGCGUUGUGUCUGCGACUGUUAGCGGGCGACAACAAUUUGAACGACAGCGAGGUUUCCUUCCUCCUAACCGGUCCGACCUCGGACCUCGCGACCGGCGGACCACCGGUGCCGGCGGAUUGGGUCAGCAAGAGCAUGUGGAAUGAAAUCUUGACGGUCAGUAAACUCCCCGCCUUCGACGGCUUCAGCGAAUACUUUUCCGCAAACGUGACGGAGUUUCGGCGAAUCUACGACGCGAUUGAGGCGGAGAAGGAGCCGAUUCCCGGUCCGUGGGAGGAGAAGUUAGACAUGCUGGAGCAUCUUUGCUUCCUCCGAGCGAUGCGGUUGUCGAGAUUGACGCUCGCGAUCGUCCAAUUUAUCGCCGCGCAGAUCGGAAAGAAGUUCGUCGAGCCCCCGACUUUUGACAUCCAGAUAUCAAUCGCAAAAGCAAACAUCCUUCGUACUAGUAGAAAUCGCAUGACAAAUUUUCUCAGGGUGCGAUGUGGGAUUUGUCAUGCUGUUUUGCCUUGGUGUGGACAUUUGUAAUGCCUGACUGCAAUAAUUUAAAUUUUUGCUACGAGGGCGAUGCUUUUGCAAUGCAUACCAGAAAUCCUUCGGCGACUCCAUGAACAUCACACCGUUGAUCUUCAUUUUAGUGUCCGGGUCCGAUCCGGUCGGCGACGUCAUUGGGUUCGCGGAGAAGAUGGGCAUGAGCAAGAAACUCGACAUGAUCUCGCUCGGCCAGGGGCAGGGUCCGAAGGCGGCGGCCUUGAUCGAAAACGGGGUGCACACGGGGAGUUGGGUGCUGCUCCAGAACUGCCACUUAGCGAUCUCCUGGAUGCCCAAGUUGGAAUCGAUCGUGGAACAGUUCAACCCGGAUAACAUCAACAGCAACUUCCGCCUCUGGCUCACGUCCAUGCCGAGCAUCGCGUUCCCGGUGCAGGUGCUGCAAAUCGGUGUGAAAAUGACGAUAUGCAAUGCAAAAGCAUCGCACUUCUAGUACAAAUUGCAUUACAAAUUUGCUCAGCAUGAGAAACGCAAUUUGUAAUGCUGUUUUACCUUAGAAAGAAGUGAAGAUUUGUCAUGCAUAUUUGCAAUUAGUAUUAGUACGAGUACGAUGCUUUCGCACUGGAUAGACGAACGAACCGCCGAAGGGGUUGCGGGCGAAUUUGCUCCGCUCCUACUCCGGCUUUUCCGACGAGUAUAUCACGGAGUCAAACAAGCCAGAGACCUUCAAGAAGCUCCUCUUCUCCUUUUGCUUCUUUCACGCGGUCAUCCAGGAUAGGAGAAAGUUCGGGCCGAUCGGGUGGAACAUCCCCUACGGAUUUACGACGGAAGACUUGACGACGUGCAAGAGACAGUUGAUGAGUUUCAUCAACCAGUUAUGCAGAAAAAAAUUUCCCGUUCCCAUUCCCGUGCACGACGACGUACAAAUCAUGCUGUUUGUGUUUCUGCAUGACAAAAUUUGCCUUUAAAAAUCCUAGUCUGUCAGCAUGACAAGGUGUGGGACUCGGACUACACGACCACUCUAUAGUCAAAGUAUAGCGAAAUCCGUUAUACAGACAGUCACAGUUAUUGGUACAACGAAGUGCAGCACGGGAAAAAUAAUUUGUAUUGCAUAUCAGUACGAGGAAGUGCCAAUUAAGGUGCUGCUCUUCCUAGGAGCGUCGAUCAACUACGGCGGACGGGUCACGGAUGCGCAGGACAAGCGGUUAGUAUCAUUUGUAAAAACGUUCCCACCCCAGAGUUGUCAUGCAAAUCUGUAUGCUGAAAACAAAACAUUUCUCAUGCGGAGCCCUAUGAGAGGCAUUUUCUACGCGUGUUUCGGAAUCUGUAAUGCGCCAAUCAGCAUGAUGUGCUAGACCUGUUAUGCUGCUUAAAUAGCUAAACAGCAUUACACUACGAGUACGAGGCCAAAUUUGUCAUGCGAAACAGCCAAAACUCGUGGACUUGUCUAGCCGAUUCCCCAUCUUGACUAUGGGGUGGGUACGUUUUUACAUAGGAUAGUUAGUAACCUGUAUUCUGGGAAAAUAUGUCAACAUGGAGACGAUUAACGACCCGGAAUACAAAUUCUCGGACUCAGGUAUUAAGUACUUCUACAACUUGAUGUUAUGAAUGUCGUGCUGCUUCUGAGUGACGUCAAGAGGACGAGAGCCGCUGUACAGUGCUGUCGACCUAUGGCUUCUUCUUUUGCAAUUCUGCUCGCAUCAGAAACUUUGUUUGUCAUUGUCUUGCAACACAAUCGCUUGUAGUUUUCGCACUGAUAAUAUAAGUAUUUGGCGCUAAAAUAAGUGCGGAAAUGUUGAAAAGGCUAUGAUGGCCCUGGUGCUAGUUCUAGGUGUGUUGACAACUAUUCAAAUGAACACAAUUGUCAGGCCUGUAUUACGCUCCGCUUUAUGACACUAUGGAGGAGUACAUGGAGUAUAUCCGCAACCUGCCCCUAUCUCCCAGUCCCGAGGCCUUCGGCAUGGACGAGAACUGCGCGAUUUCGACCGCGGAAGGCGAGGCGCUGGCCUUGCAUAUCCCGUGUAAAAUAAACGUCCCGACCCCACAGUCUAGAUGGGAAAGUUGCUAGACAAGUCAAACAGCUUUGGCUUUUGCGCAUGACAAGUUUUGCAUCAUAGUGCAGAAAUCCUAUUUAGGUAGUUUAGCAACAUCACAGACCUCGCAUAUCAUGCUGAUGCGAGCGUGGUCACAAAAUCCACAACCCGAAAAGAAAAUGCGUCUCAUGGGGCUCCGCAUGAAGAGAGGCAUUUUAAGCAUGCAGAUUUGCAUGACAGCUAUGGGGUGGCGGGGACGUUUUUACACAGGAUAUUGCUCGCGGGCAUCGUAGCCGUAUACGCGAAGUCCGGGUCCGGGGGCGGUGGCCGGUCCAAGGAGGACGUGAUGGAGGACACGGCGAAAGCCGUGCUCGACCGGAUUCCGCCGGAGUACGACAUCGACUUCCUGGAGAAGAUAUGCAUUGCAAAUAUGUCUGGGUCGGCAAGGAUGCAACUUGUGAUGCUGCAUUUGGAUUUUACAAAAAUCUGUAUUGCAUGAACAGCGAAAGUAGAGGUCCAGUUUUUGCCACGGCGACGAGAGGUGGGCAUUUCUCAUGCUGUAUAGGCAUCAGGAAGCCCUCACAAAAUAUGUGAUGCUAGGGCAUGCAUCACAGACAUCAGGAGUCAUGCAAAAUGUGCAUGACAAUUGACAAACCUUGCAUCCUUCCAGAUCCUAUUUGCAUUUGAUAGAAGAAGUACCCGACCAUGUACGAGGAGUCCAUGAACACGGUGCUGAAACAGGUAUGACAGUGCACAACACCCCCCUCAUUUGUAUAGCAUAAACGGCAAUACAAGCAUCAGCAAGAAAAAGAAUGCCGUGUCUGCAUGACAAAUUUACACUACUGGAGUGUAGUGCUAUUUGGGCUAGUGCCAGAACUUGUCAUGCACAAUAGUGACAGGAGGAACAGACUGGAUUUGGGAUUUUGCAUGAGAAAUGAGAACGCGGGGGAGUUGUGCACUCUCAUAACAGGAAGCGAUUCGGUACAACAAACUCCUCGGCACGAUGCACAAGGCGAUCCCGACCUUCCGCAAGGCGCUGAAAGGGUUGGUGGUCAUGAGUUCCGAGUUGGAGCAAAUGGGGAACGAGAUGUUUUUGAACCAAGUCCCCUCCAUGUGGGCGGACAAGGGCUUUUUGUCUUUGAAACCUCUCUCCGCGUGGCAGCUCGACCUGACCGCGAGGCUGGAUUUCCUCACGGACUGGCUGCAGAACGCGAAGCCGCCAAUCUUCUGGGUCAGCGGAUUCUUUUUUCCGCAGGCGUUCCUGACUAUGAAUUGCAAAAGUGUCUGGGUCUGGUAGAUUGCAACUUGUCAUGGUAAAUCUGAAGCAUGCAAAAAUCUGUGUUGCAUGAGUGCCAAAAGCUGUCCACUUUUGACCAAGUUGGGCCGGAGUUUCUCAUGCAGAAUAGGCAUGGCAGAGACCUCGCAGAGUCUGCCAUGCUAAGUGCCGCAUUCCAGACCUCAUGGGUCAUGGAAAAUCGGCAUGACAAGUCUACACCCUUCCAGACCCAGACAUUUUUACAUUUGAUACUGACCGGGGCGCUGCAAAACCACGCGAGGAAGUACAACUUCGAGAUUGACCGGCUGGAAUUUCUGUACUUGUUGCAUAUCGUACGAAAAAAGUGUUUCACUGUAUAGGAUUUUGCAAGUUUAUUUGCAUCACAAGGCUGUUCUACAUCACAGAGAAAAUUUGCCAUGCGAGAUUCCUAAGGGAAAACACAGCUAAAAAUCUAGUGUCUUGCAUGUGUAGCAAGACAGAUACAUUUUCUGCAUUACAAGUUUACAGUGAAACAGUUUUUUCUUGCGAUAUUGCAGGACGGCGAUCUUGUGUCCACCGACUUCAAAACGCCCCCCGAGGACGGUAUUUACGUAUGGGGGCUGUUCCUGGAGGGCGCGCGGUUCUGCAACAAGGCAAAGUAUUUACGCCCCUCCGAGCCGAAAGUUCUCUACACGCCGAUGCCGGUGAUGCACUUUUCUCCGCAGCUGGACCGGAAAACCCCGGAGAACUGCUAUCCUGAGGAAAAACGUUCCAACCCCAGAGUUGUCAGGCAGAUCUGCAUGCCAGAAAAGUUUCCCAUGCGGAGCCCCAUGGAAAUCAUUUUCUAAACGUGUUUUGGAAUUUGUGAUGCUAGAGACAGCAGGAUGUGCUAGAUCUCUGAUGCUGCUGAACUAGCUAAACAGGAUCACAUUUAUUACGAGGACAAACUUGUCAUGCGAAGCAACCGAAUCUGCUUGAUUUGUCUAGCAGAUUCCCCAUCUUGACUCUGGUGUGGGGACGUUUUUACUCAGGAUAACUGCUACCGGUGCCCGGUGUACAAGGUGUUGUCCCGUCGAGGUGUCUUGAUGACUACGGGUCACAGUACGAACUUUGUGCUGUACUUAGAAGUCCCGUCAGACGAACCGGGAGAGUUGAAGGAGAAGUGGAUCCGCGCGGGUGUGGCCGCCUUCCUGGCCUUGCGGACGUGAGAAGAUGGGUGGAACAUCAAAUGGGGCGGACGGAGUGGAAUAAAAAUGCUGGGAAAUGAAAAGCGGUGAAAGUAAGUAUGCUGAUGUUGAAAUUAAACCACGCAAUUUUUAUCCUAGCGUUGUACUACUAGGUAGUUGUAUUGCGGUAGUACGUUAUUUCUCGAAGGUUCUAUGGUUUCACGGUUCCAUUUUACGACAAGUUUCUCGAACUAACAAGGUCGUCCUCGUCUCCCGAAGAUGGUGUUGUAUUUAUUGAGUCGACCAAAAUAAAAGCAAAAGCUUUAUAAAGUUUUAAAGUUAGACCACUACCACAGAAGGCGGACGCGUUUUGUUAGGAUCACGUUAUCAGAAUGCAGUCGCAGAACAAAUUUGUCCAGAGUAGGUUUCAGCAUCAAUUAUUAUACGCAGAAGUUGUAGUAGAGUGUGAUUGAAUUAAUUAUAGCAUCUUUUGUCCAACAGAAAUAGCAAGCAUCUUAUUCACUUUAUACGACGUUAACCUUAUCACGAAAAAUCUUAUCGCUAAAUCUUCGCUACAACAGUUUCAUCGUUAUCUUGCAAUUGCUACACGACGUCGCCAGGACCAUUGAAUUGUCGAUAGUCUAGCAAAUGAAUCUUUCGUAAUAUCCUAGACGCAAGAAGAACAGUUGAAAACUAGUUCAACAAAAAUUUCACAGAAUUAAGAUUCCCCGAUACGAUAGAGAAUCUUAAUAAAAACGCUCGACACAUUGCAGAGCGUUUCGGAGGUAUCAAAUAGGUAGUUUUUCCUGAGUCAAGCCGCUCCAGCGGCUUGACUCAGGUUUCUGAAUCGUCCAACGCGGUACUAGGACUAGCGAGCUAAUAAACUCAGGUUACUAUUCCAACUUUUUUCGAUUUACUCACAAGCAAGCGAGCUCUCAAAUUUAGUUUCAGAACCAAGACGGCGCGUCGAAAGGCGUCUGCUCUGUCAGGCCAUGCGUAAAUAUUAAUGCACCUGACACAAAACCGCCUUCGUAUGCACUGGAAGAAAUUGCAAAAGUGAAACUUCCCCUGCAAAUAGAAAAUGAGUUACGCCGUCGUCUGUGCCAGUGAGCUUCGGAUAAGCUAUUGCUUUUGUUCGCGCUAGCUAGUACGGGCUUACAGAGCUAAGCGGAAAACCAGUCAGUCGAUUCGGUUUAUCUACAUUUCGGUGAAACUACAAGAGAUUGUCUG